UUGACUGACACAACCCUUUCUAUAAAUUUGAGCAAUUAAGCAGCCCAGUAGCAGCUGGGAAAAAAGAGAGCUGCCGAGAGAGCAAACCCUGACAGAGGCUGUGUCACCGAGGCCAGAUCUCCUGAUCAGUGCAAAGGAGUAGCUUCAGUUGAGAACCCCAGUGGGGGAAAACGAGAGAUGCCCAUCAAGGCAGGCGUAAAACCCCAACGGGUGAUCCAGGGAUCUUUGUACCUCCUGAUCCUGGCCAGCUGUGUCAGUACCCUCAAACCAUCCGGUAUCAACCUGAGGACAUUCAUUGGCUGUGCCGUCCGGGAGUUCACUUUCCUGGCCAAGAAACCAGGCUGCAAGGGGAUGCGCAUCACCACCGAUGCCUGCUGGGGUCGUUGUGAGACUUGGGAGAAGCCGGUGCUGGAUCCCCCUUACAUUGAAGCGCACCACCGCGUCUGCACUUACAACGAAACUAAGCUGGUGACGGUGAAGCUGCCCAACUGUGCAGCCAACAUUAAUCCUUUCUACACAUACCCCAAGGCCAUCCGCUGUGACUGCAGCAUGUGUCUCACCACAACCACAGAAUGCGAGACUUUCUAAGGCAUCCAACUGCUGUACUUUGAUCUGUACCAUAUUUUGCCCCAGGAGAAACUGCAGUGCGAUGGCUCAGCUGGGGUAAAUUGGGGCAGAAUGUAGCUGCUUGCUUGAAUUUGAAAUAUCUACAUCUCCUGGACUCCAUUUUCAGAUCAGCUGUGGAAGCAUCAGAGCAACCUGCACUUUAUGAUCUCUCAUGUACACCUUAAAUCCUUUGCACAUUGCCACUGGUUUAGGCAGAAUGAUUCUCCAGUUGCUUGGUACUGUUGGCAGGGUUUAUGCAUCAUUCUCUCUUUUUUGGCUGUGCCAUUUUCUAUUAUUCUUGACUGAAUAGUAAUUUA